CAAGACCUUCUUGGCAGUUUGCUCGUUUCGCUGCUUGUUAGUCCGCUGUCCCCCUGCUACUACUCAGGUUAAAACUGAUACUAAACAUCUUGCCCUCCCCUUGAAAUAGAAUUUUCCUAGGAAUAAAACUAAGGAUGUGGAAGCUUUGCCCUGGGAUGGAAAGGGAUUGCUGCCUUUACACAGGAGCUCUAAAGCCAUUCUGAAACAGCGAGUGCCUCAGUGUGUUGCAAUGAUGAAAACAUCGGCAGGCGACGAGGGAGUCAGGGACGAUUCAGGUCCUGUCACAGAUACUGGCGAAGAUAACAACGAGACACAGCUAGGGCCACCUGUCGCCCUGAGGAACUGUUUUCUCCUGCCAGGCAUCAGCAUACUUGAUAAGCUCAUCAAAACAUGCCCGAUUUGGCUUCAACUGAGCAUGAAUGAGGAGAGGGCCAGAGAGAUACUAAGCAAAGAAAUGGCUGGGAUAUUUUUAGUUAGGAAAGAUGGUAACAUGAACAAUAUGGUCCUGUCAUUCUGCUACCCAGCCCAGAAUGAAGCUCCUGAUAUGCUUGAGUACAACAUCAAGGAAGAAAAAUCAAUCCUGUACCUGGAGGGAUCUGUCCUAGUGUUUGAGGAUGUCUUCAAACUGGUAGCGUUCUACUGUGUCAGUAGGGAUUUGUUGCCCUUCACACUGAAGCUGCCACAAGCAAUAUUAGAGGCCAGUAGUUUCCAAGAUCUUGAGAUUAUUUCUAGCCUGGGGAUAGGCUUCUGGGACUCCUCUUUAAACCACAGAAGAAGGAGAGGGGGAAUUUCCCAGGCUCUGAAAGACUCUGCCUUCAGCACCACCCAGACAGACAAUAUAAGAUCUAGCCAGCGUUUUGCAAGUGACACAAACCAAUGCUCAUGUGAAAUUGAGCUGUCAAUAGGAAAUGACAGGCUGUGGUUUGUGAAUCCUAUUUUUAUAGAAGAGUGCAGUAAUCCUUUUCCUCCAGAUGUACCUCCUCCCAGAAGCUGCAGUGUGAGUUCUGAGCUCUCUCGUGCCACCACCACCACACUGAGUCUCAAGAAGUCUCCUCGCCGUCCCCCUCCGCCGCCUCCUCAUGGCCAGGUUCUGAAGUCAUCUAAAAAGCUAUCGAAGGAUUCCAUGACUGCCUGUGAAGACAACCAGCUGCUUCUUCAGCCUCCAGGGAAGAGCCCAACAGAAAUGAAAACAGAGGACAAUGAAAGUAAGGAAGAAGAAGGGAAAGAACCCUGCUCAUCCAGUGACCUCCCUCCAGCAGUCCCUAAGAAAUGUGAUCAGCCCUCUGUCCCUCCCAGGAGGCGAUUAUCUGAAAGACUUUCACAAGAACUCUGUGUAGAUAAGUCUGCAAAAUGUGAAACACCUCAAGGGGAACCGAUGGAAGAACAACAGGCUUCUGUUGUGAGCAGUGAUAACCGGUCUGUAUGCCUAACAGCCAUAGAAGAGCCUGAAGGUGUUACUGAAACACAGGGCGAGGAAGCAAAGCCUACAGAGAAGGCGUGCAUGCCCCAGCCACUGAGGAACUCCACAGCCAAAGGGAAGAUGCCCCCUAUCCCACCACCAAGAAAGAAGAGGCUUUCCCAGCAAGCCUCCAUCUCUAUCUCCUGUAACACAAAGUCAGUCAACAUUUCAGCACCAGAUACAAGCACUGCAGAGACUUCAUCCAAAGACUGCUUGCAGCCAGCAGGUGAUGUCGCCUGCUCCGACACUCAGGAUGCACUAGGGGCCUGCUGUAAAUCUUCUGGGUCGUUUGAACUUAAAGGUUCUCUUUCCUCCUUGGACUGUCCAGGCAGUGCAGCAGCUCAUACCUCUGCUUCUGAGCCUGAUUCUUACUCCACAAGCAGCACUGAGGAUGAUUUCGAGCAACUGAGUAGCCCCUCUGUUAAAAAGACACGGUCCGUGAUUCUGGACAAGGCCAAGCACAGGCUGUCCUUUGUGAGCCUAACAAAUGUCUUCACAGUCUUCCUCUCUGCAAACAGAAAGCUGCAGAAGAAGAUUGUGGAGCUAUCUCAGGACAAGGACUCUUACUUUGGCAAUUUGGUGCAGGACUACAGAGUGUACAGUCUGGAGAUGAUGGCAAAACAGAGCUCCAGCACGGAGAUGCUACAGGAAAUCCGGCUGAUGAUGACACAGCUGAAAAGCUAUUUAGUGCAAAGUACAGAGCUGAAAGCUCUCCUCGAUCCUUCUGUUUAUUCAGAAGAACAGAUAGAAGUGAUUGUUGAGUCAGCUUUGUACAAAUGUGUCCUGAAACCUUUAAAAGAUGCCAUCGAUUCCUACUUAAGGGAAAUCCAUACCAAAGAUGGAGUCUUUCAGCUGCUGAAGGAGAACCAGCUUGUCAUACAGAGCACAACCACCACUGACCUAGGUAUCACCACCAGCGUGCCUGAAACAGCUGUUCUGGAAAAAAUAAUUCAUAAGUUUACAACUAUGCACAAGGCCUAUUCCCCAGAAAAGAAGAUUGCUAUCCUGCUGAAAUACUGCAAACUCAUUUAUGACUCCAUGGCUCAGGGAAACCCAGGGAAGCCUUAUGGUGCAGAUGACUUCCUGCCAGUGCUAAUGUAUGUUCUGGCUCGCAGCAACCUCACUGAAGUGCUUCUGAAUGUGGAGUAUGUGAUGGAGCUCAUGGACCCGGCCCUGCAGCUGGGGGAAGGUUCCUAUUAUUUAACCACCACCUAUGGAGCCCUGGAGCACAUCAAGAACUAUGAUAAGAUAACGGUGACUCGGCAGCUCAGUGUGGAAGUGCAGGACUCCAUUCACCGCUGGGAGAGGCGAAGAACACUCAACAAGGCCCGGGCGUCCAGAUCAUCUGUGCAGAUGUGUUUCCAGGACAUUUCAGCAGUUUUCAUGGACCCGUGGAGAGCCCUGCAUGCUGGAUGACAUGGCUUCGUGAACUGGAUCCAGCCCACAGGCCAUAUCUUGGUCACUUUUGGUCUAGAUAUUUUGCAGUUCUCUAGCAUCUUUAAUCAGUCCCUUUGUAGAGUCAGGCUUCACUUUUCAGAAGUAAGAUCCCUCUACCAGGUCAUAUGCAAAAUAACCUGCAAGAUUUCCCAACUUCCCCUCUUCAGUUGUGAGCCAGAAAGGCUUCCUGACCAAAAAGGCUGCAUUAUUUUUAAUCCUUUUGGAUGAAAAGGACGCCUGUGGCUGUGAGUUGCCUAGAACUGUGACUUGAGCGUUCCCUGCGGGGUAUGGAAUCAUUGCUCUCCUAAUCCGAGUGCAAUUGGAGUCUGUCUCACAACAGCCGUUCUUUCAGUACCUUCCAACUGAAGAAAGAAGGGGAAGACACUAUCCCAUGUUGUCCCUACCUCACAGAGGUGGGAGGACUGCAAUGAAGCAAGUCUUCUCCUAGUCUAGGAGACCUCUGGUUUUGAGGCAGGACAGGACUUACUCAUGCUCAUCAUAUACCGUUUUACUUCCUGUUUUGCUGGGUGGUGUACCACAGGCAAAGGGGACGGGGGGGAACUAUUUCCAAGAGCACAGACUGCAUCGCAGGAGAGAUAUUCAACAAGGCUGUGACAUGUUGAAGGACUUAAACAGAUGAUUCAGUUCCAGCGUGUGAGCAGUCCCACUGCCUUCAAUGGGACUAAUCACUUUUAAUUAUUUUCUGCAUCAGGGCAUAACAGUGAAUAUUCUUUGGGGGAGAGCUUGACAGCAGAGGUGUAGCAGGGCAGCUUCAGGCCUGUGGCAGCCACGAUGUACAGGGCAGUGCCAGCUGCCUCAUGCAGAUUGCAGUAGCUACUUUUGUAGCCCCCCAACAAAGAUGGUGUCUGUAGGUACUGCCUCAGUCACCCCUUUCAGUUACGCUAUUAUAGGGUCUCCCAAACUUUAAUACAUGGGGCACACUUUUUUCUGGAUCAAAAUUGGCAUCAAACUUGACUUUUACACCUGAAAGAUGUGUGUGUAUAUAUAUAUUUUUCCAUGAUGUAUACUGUACUUACUGGAAUCAAAGACAACUUUGAAUUUAAGAUGCCCCCCCCCCCCCUAGAUUCUAGACAUGAGUAAUUAUAAAUUUGUUAUAAUUUUCCAUGUCCAAAAUCUAAUUAUUGGAGAGUCACCUUAAAUUUGUCCCCUUCACUGCUGCAGUAGGAAAACUGUGGCAAGGGGCAAGAAGUGGGGAAAGCAGAGUCAGAGGAGGUAGGCAGGUGACAGGAAGCCAAAUGCAGGUA